GCAAACAAUAAAAACCUUUCUACAAGAUUUGGUCUUCCUACUUUCAGGCAUUGCAAAAUCGACGUUUGAACCGUUAACUCUAGUUGUGAGGUUUUAGCAUUUUAAUAUGGCUGAUAAUGACGAUCUUUUGGAUUAUGAAGAUGAGGAACAAACUGAGCAAGUAGUUGAUGGAAGUGGAGAUGUUCCAGCCAAGAAAGAAGUUAAAGGCACAUAUGUGUCUAUUCACAGCAGUGGUUUCAGAGAUUUUCUUCUUAAACCAGAAAUAUUAAGAGCUAUUGUUGAUUGUGGAUUUGAACAUCCUUCUGAAGUACAACAUGAAUGUAUUCCUCAAGCUGUACUCGGUAUGGAUAUUCUAUGUCAAGCAAAAUCUGGUAUGGGAAAAACUGCUGUAUUUGUAUUAGCCACAUUACAACAAUUAGAAUUAACAGAGAACCAAGUCUAUGUCUUAGUAAUGUGCCAUACAAGAGAACUUGCUUUCCAAAUUAGCAAGGAAUAUGAGAGGUUCAGCAAAUAUAUGCCUUAUGUAAAGGUAGCAGUGUUCUUUGGAGGAUUACCAAUUCAAAAAGAUGAAGAAGUUUUAAAGAAUACUUGCCCACAUAUUGUAGUAGGCACACCAGGUCGUAUUCUUGCCCUUGUUCGGAAUAAAAAGUUAAACCUUAAACAUUUGAAACACUUCAUACUUGAUGAAUGUGACAAAAUGUUGGAAUUGUUAGAUAUGCGCAGAGAUGUACAGGAGAUAUUCAGGAGCACACCACAUGGUAAACAAGUCAUGAUGUUCAGCGCUACGCUAUCCAAAGACAUCCGUCCUGUCUGCAAGAAAUUUAUGCAAGAUCCCAUGGAAGUCUAUGUUGAUGACGAAGCAAAGCUAACAUUACACGGCCUCCAACAACAUUACGUGAAACUUAAAGAAAACGAGAAAAACAAGAAGCUUUUCGAAUUAUUAGAUGUACUUGAAUUCAAUCAGGUUGUAAUAUUCGUUAAAUCAGUACAAAGAUGCAUGGCUCUGGCACAACUACUAACAGAACAAAAUUUUCCUGCAAUUGGAAUUCAUAGAGGAAUGACCCAAGAAGAACGUUUAUCAAGAUACCAACAAUUCAAAGAUUUUCAAAAACGAAUUUUAGUAGCUACUAAUUUAUUUGGACGAGGGAUGGAUAUUGAACGUGUUAAUAUCGUAUUUAAUUACGACAUGCCCGAAGAUUCUGAUACGUACCUUCACAGAGUAGCGCGAGCAGGACGUUUUGGUACAAAGGGUCUUGCCAUCACGUUAGUAAGCGAUGAAAAUGAUGCCAAAAUAUUAAAUGACGUACAGGAAAGAUUUGACGUAAACAUUACAGAAUUGCCAGAUGAAAUAGAUCUUGCAUCAUAUAUUGAAGGACGAUAAAUUAGAUCUCGAUGCAAAUCAAGUUUAAGCUUUAUUAGAUUUCAUAUAGUAAAACUUCUUACUAUUACUGUAGAAUCAAGAACAAUUACUCAAAUGAGUAGACUAAACAGGGAUAAAAGUAUAUAUAUACUUUUUGCAAUGUAUCUGGAUCAUUGUGCACUCAAGAUUUAUUUAUAAUACACAAUUUAUUUUUCUUGAUAAACCAAAAGUUUGAUAUACUAUACGUAUAAGUGUAUAAUUACACUAUCAUAAAUGUUUUUUUUUUAAAUCACACAAUAAAAUAUCCAAAUGUUGGGGUAAAUAUCAUCGUAAUUCUAUUCUACGUUUAAAUAUUAAAUAUUAUGUAUAGUAGCUAUAAUAAUCACGUAAAUUUAAUCACUCUAAUAGAUGUAAAUGAUACAAAUAAAUUUGUUUUCUUUUUUAAAA